AUGCUGGGAAAAGUAGCACUUGCCAUUUGUGCUAUCAUAUUUACAGUAUUUGCUAUUGCAGCUAUCGUUGUUCUAAGCCUCAUUUCACUUUAUAUACCUAACCAAAGUGUCGCAUCAAUAUCAGCCUAUCAAACAUGUCUUACAGUAGCAUCAAAAUUUGCAACAACAAUCGCUGGACCUGUAGCAAACAUAACAGCAACAACCGGUGUUACUGUAACAUGUUCUCAAAUAGGGAUUAGCUCAUGUCCGGGUCCUCUGAUCAAUGGAAUAUGCACUUGGCAACGAAAAUUAGCUGUAACAUGUAUAAAUGGUUCGACAGUUCGUAUUCGAGUUCAAUCAAAUGCUCUUCCAGGACGAUGUGCAGAUGUGCCAUCAUUUGCGAGUAUGCAAGAGCAAAAUAUAGAUUUUGAAGUUAAUUUCAAUCCAACUGUGAGUGUUAAAUCACAAACAUACUCACCAUCAACACAAAGUGCACUCGACGCUAUCGUUUGCUCCAUUUCAAAUCAACAAUAUGCUCCAUCAGGCUCAAAUUUAACGUCAUAUUCUUCAGCUUCAACUCUUACAACCCUGGCUGGAAUGAGUAUUGAUAAUGUACCAAUUCUCAAUGUAAACAGCGCAAAUGAUGUCGAUCCAUUCUAUCCACCUGCUGGAUACACUGCAGAAUCAGUCGAUAGUUGUUUAGCUCAUCCUCAAGUGGCUGGCAUAUAUCAUUAUCAUAUGGCUAGUGGAUGUGCUGUUUCACCACCAACUGGUAAUAUUUCAUCGUGUAGUGCAACCGCUGCAUGUGCCGCAGAUAUUGCUUCUUAUUCUCUUACAACAUUUCCUUCAUCAGCUAAGAAAUUAACAGUCAUAGGUAUUGCAAAAGAUGGUCAUGUCAUUUAUGGACCCUAUUUAGCAUCAGGCAACAUAGUGACGUCAGGCAUCGAUAUUUGUAAUGGAAUGUUCUAUGAUAGUAUUGGUAAUUAUGCAUAUUUUGCUACUACCAAAUUCCCAUACAUAACUGGAUGUUUUGGUCCAGGAAAUUAUCCUUCAUUUGGUCCUAGUUGUACAACGAAUGGCCAGUCAUCGUAUACAAUGUCUGUACAUGCAGCUGCACAAGCUAAUGGAUAA